AUGCCGAUGCUGCAGGUGCGGCCCGACGCGCUGCCACCGGUGACGAUACUCGGCGCGGGCCCGCUCUGCGGUCUGCCACCGCGGCCGCUUGGGAGGGACGUUAUAGAGCUGCGGGGAAGGGCGUGGGCCGCCUCGUUUGCCGUCUCGCCCGCACUGCUGCCGGCGACGGAGGUUCACUGGGCGGUGACGGACGCAGCCAGCGGGGAGGUGGCCCUCGCGGAGUCGUUCCACGUGCCGACGCUGACGGACGGCGCCGGCGGGCUGCUGCGGCACCACGCCAACAGCAGCUACGCCGCGCUGCUUCCCCACCGCAGGUACGAGGUCAAGGUCACGGUGUCGCGCGGGGCCGCCGUGCGAACAAGCUCGCACUUUUUUCUCCUGCGCCUGCCGUUCGACAGGCCCUGGGCGGUGGAGCGGGUGGCGCCACAGAUACACUUUGGCUUUGAGAGGCGACUGCGCGUCUCGCAGCGCACACGCAGCUACGCCAAGCUGCGAGCGGCAUUGUUGCCUCAGCACCCGCCAGUAGACUACGUUGGGUACUGGGAGAAUGCCCCGCUCGAGGAUCAACCGCUGCCGCAGACGCGGCGGCGGGCGCCGCACAACCCGUACACUGAGGACGCCGCAGCAUUCCCUGUUUUUGUGGGCCUCAACAACAUCUCCUUCUACGCACGCGACGUGGACGGGCUCUGUGACCCGGUGUUACUGGAGACGCAUGAGGUGUGGGCGUUGCAGGGCAUUUUGUUGCAGCCCUCCACUUCUCCGCUGACGGCGUGUCACGACGACAUCGCGGUGGAGGCACUGGCCCUGCAAACUGUGGUGGCGGCGGCGCGCGCCUCUCUGCAAGUUUCCGUGCGGUUCCACGGGACCACGUGGGAGCCGGUGCGAGGACAAGAUCUUCGCGAGGGGCGCUUUGAAUGCACGGAGCGCGGGGCGGGGCAGUGCCACAUCCGUGCCAGCGCCGCCCGUGGCGGCACGAGCGGGCUGCUGCAAAUGCGCAAGCGCGGCGUGGCGGAUCUGACGUGGGUGGUGCGGGUUGAAGUGAACUCGACGGCGUUGGUGCAGCCGGAGAGCCUCGACGCGGCGGUGGCCCGCGUCCUCGCCGGCGCGGAGGAGGCGUCGGGGGCGGUGGUCGUGGAGCUGCGCUCCCGCGCCGCGGUGGUGCUGCGCCGCCUCUCGACGCUGCCGGAGCGCGUGCACGUCACGCUGGCGAUGAGCCUGCGCCGGCUGAAGGUCCACCCGCCCCGUUCGCUGGAGGUCGCGGCGGGGGAGGCGCCGAUCGGCCGCUGGCUCGCCGCCGCUCCGCUGCGGCUCCACGCCGUGGACGACGCCCUCGUCGCCGAGAUUGACGCGGCGGGUGUGCCAAACGUGCGGCAGCGGCUGCCGGAGGGAACCCUCCGCUUCGUGGCCGAGGACCCCGGCGAGGCGGUCGACCUCGGCGUGCCGUACACCUCCCGCUGCCCCCCGCGGCUGGUGGAGCACACCGUGACGGUGGUAGCCCUCGCGGCGCCGCCCAUUGCGCCGGCCCUCGUGCCUGUCUACACGGAGGACAGCUGCGUGCGGCUGUCCGCGCCGCGCUCCCCCCGCAAGGACGAGGACGCCCGCUGGCACAUCCCCCGCUGCGCGGAGGCGGCGCAGUCACCGCCGUACCUCGUGGCGCAGGAGCGGCGGCAGCGGCGGCGUCGGCGUGCGGAGGACAACGCCUCUGCCCCCGCGGCGGCGGAGGACGAAGAGGAAGCGGCGGCGGUGCAGGAGGUGCGGGUGUGCGGGGUCGCGGUGUACAGGUGGUGUGAUGUCGUCUGGACGGCGCGGAACCUUGUCGGGGCCGUCACGCAGACCUUCUCCCUGCGCCGCUGCCAGCGUCCGCCGCAGCUGCUGUUUCACAAGGACGGCCUGCAGCAACCGCGCGGUGUUCCUCGCCCCGUGUACGCGCUGCCGUCGAUUGAGUGGCUCGACGAACACGACGACGGCGAGGUGGAGGGAAGCGGGGGGACGCAGCCGCCACGCUUCACCGCCCGGCGUGUCGUUCCCGUGGCGGGGCAUGCUGCGACGCUGGGCUACUCCUUCAACUACUCCGGCCUGCAGCAGGACUUUGCGGUCAGCUUCGCCUACCGCCAUGACGCCGCCCACCAGCUGGGGGUCACGCAGCGACACUUUGAGCGCGCGGGCGAUGACGGCCUGAGUGACGAGGCCGUCGCCGCGGCACCAUUGCUCCUCCGCCGCUCUGCUCGACCCGCCGCCGAUGGCGAUGGCGGUGGCGCCGCCAGCACGCGGGAUGCGAGCCCUAACAGUAAUGCUAAUAGUCAUAAUCGUAAUAGUAACCUUGUAGAGAAGGACGUCGUCCCGUACAACGCGGAGGCCGCGGCGUGGGCGCGGGAGACGUCCCGCGCGGCACGCGAGCACGACGACGCCAUGGACCUUCUGGCGGACUCCCACUUUGCGUUGACGCACCGCCCCGCCCCGCGGCAGGUGCGGCUUGACGGCCUCGGCGACAGCUCCCACUACCCGCUCCUGUACGAGGUGCGGUCCUCGCCGACGGCGGCGGGGCCGAGCCGGGAGGCGGCGGAGUUUGCGCGGCGCGGCCUCUGCGUCCUGCAGCCUGGCAACUUCUCCGUCUUCGCGGUGAGCCCCCGCGGCGCGGUGCCGGCCACGGAGACGGGCGUACUGCCGUUUUGCCACCCGUCGUUUGUCUUCUCACGCCACUCGUGGCUGCACACGAAGUACCACUUCGACUUCACGUGGGUGUGCGACGGCGGCGCGAUGGCGGUGGAGCGGCACACCCCGACGCUCUCCGUCCUGCGCCACGGCGGACCCGCCAACGAGACGCGGUGCAGCCUGACGGUGCGCAACGCCCUGACGGAGACCGCGCGGACGGAGGCCUUUUUGCUGCGGCGCGUGUACCCGACGCCGCUGCCGCCGACGUUUGCGAUUCUGAGCGACAACGCCGCGGCGGGGGAGUGCUUCGCGAACGGCACGGCACGCCCCACUCCGACGGCCCCCGCGGACGCCGCCGCCCCACCGCGAAGAACACGGACGCGGUGGGUCGUCGGGAAACAAAUUAUCCUCCACGUCGACGCCGCGGUGGAGGGGCGGAGCUCGAACUGGACCGCCGUCAGCGUCGUGCCGGCGGUGCCGUCGUCGGUGGGCACCCAGCGGCUGCUAGACGCCGUUCACUUCCUGCCGCUCCCGCGGCACCCGCGCGCGCUUGAGAGGGGCUUUGGCGACGCCACCGUGCUGGUGUCUGGCAUUCGCGUCCCUGGCCUGUACACGUUUGGCUACACCCACCCGGAUCCCGCGUACCCGGGCGCCUGCCCGCACGCGAGCCUCACGGAGACGCUGCACGUGGUGCACGCACAGGUCCUCGACACGGAGCUGACGGUGUGCGGCGACACCACGCUUCUGCGGGCCGUGCCCAUCCCGCGCGAGGUUGGGUGCGAGUUCUUUGGCCAGUGGGAGGUGGUGUCGCUGCAGACGUCGGAGACCGAGACGUGGACCAGCGGCACCAACUUCACUGGCAUCCGCUUUGAGCACGGACGGCGACCACGCACCGUGGUGCACGGGCUCCCGUUUGGCGUUCUCACGGUUCGCUGGGCCGUGUACGCCGCCCCUCCCGCCGACCCCAGCGCGCCCGAUAGUGGCGCGGCGGCGGCGGCGGCGGCGGCUCAGCAGCGGCGGCACGUCCUGGUGGACUUCGCAACGGUGCGUCUGCUGGUGUUGACAGAGAACCUGCACUCCAACCGACUCGUGACGCUGUCUCACAGCGUGCACAUCCUCGCCACCACCUCCACCUUGCAGUGGACGCUGGCGGAGACGGGGACGGCGCCCGGUCCGCUGCCGCUGCGUGGCCCGCGCCUUCGCGUUGACCCCGUGGCGAACACAAGCGGCACGGGCUACCAAGUUGUGACUGUGACGAACCUCCCAGUCGGCCCCACACAGCUGCGGUACGAGCUUCACCCCUCGCUUCGUCUGUUUGGCCCAAUGCUGACGAAGCGAUGCCCGUAUGUGCGGCGCCAGGAGUUUGAAAUUGAGCGCGUCUCGGCCUUUCUCUCCGCAAACACGACGCUUAGCCACGAGUGCGACGCCUACUCCGGGGACGGACAAAUUUCCAUCUGCCUGCACGCGGAGGGCGCGCGAGGCAGCGGACUUUGGUCCUCCUCCUCCGCCUCCUCGUUCGGGGCCCGCCUCGUUGACGCCGCCUCGUUCGAGGCGAUUGUGAAGGCCGGCGCGGCGCGACUUGCGGCGCGGGGGUGUUCGCUGCCGUGGUGGGUCGCACGCAGCACGCGGUGGUCGAGCGUGCGCGCGGAUGCGGCGCGGCGCUGCGUCUCCUUCACGGUGGCCGCCGCGAGACACCUGCACCCGAAGGAAGUCCUGCAUCAUAUAUUCUUGGCGCAGGAGCAACUUGGCUCCUCGCGUGCGUGCGCCCACGGCGGUGACUUUAUGACGAGCGAAAUCAUUGAUGGGGCGACGACGUGGGGCGACGCCGGCGCGGCGCGAAGGCCGCUCUUUCGCGGUGGCGAGAUUGUGCCAUUUUUGCCAUUUCUCAACGCGGCCACGUUGGCCCGCGAGGAGCAGGCGAUGCGGCCCAUGCUAAGUCUGCUGGGGGUCCCCGACACAGUCGCCUCCGAGCUGGACGUGAGCGAAGAGGGCAGGGGGGUGACCGUGCUGCUUCGCCUCGACACCGCGCAGCCAAGGCAGGCGGGCGGCUACGUCCACGCUGCCCCGCCCGACUGGGGACAGCAGCAGCAGCAGCAGCGGCGGCAGCGGCGCCACAGCCUGCUUGCGAAGUGCGUCCGCGGGAUUGCCCGGGGCGCCGACGUGCUGAACUUUUGGACGGAGGUGAACCGGCCGGAUGGCGUGGAGGGGCGUACCGCGCGGGAGUGGCUGGACUACGUUGCGGCUGUGCGGGAGAAGUCCGUGGCGUGCGAGCCGCUCUUCGCCUCUCUCGCCCACCUUCUGCCGCGGCUGGAUGACACGGAGGCCAGCCUGCGCCGCCGCCAGCAGCACCGCGUGCCGCCGAAGGAGCAGCGGCUGGUGCCGCUUGACGUGAUUGAGCAGCAGCUGGCGGGACUGCAGCGGGAGUACCGCUGGACGCGGGAGGGCAUCGACGUGACAGGGCUGCGCACGGACCUGCAGGCCGCCCUCGCGCGUCGCCGCAUCACAAAGAGUCAGCUGGAGGAGAUUGAGCGGGCGCGACGUCGGCAGGGGGGCGAGAAGCAGCAGCAAACGAAGCUGCUUGACGUGUCGGCGCAGGCGACGUUGGCGGAGCGUUUUGAGCGGGUCCUGCGGCUCUACAAGGGCGUCCUUGACGAGGACGUCGCCGCAGUGCGUCUGACGCUGCCGCGGUAUGACCCGUUCACGGUGCCGCACAACCUCUUCCUCCGCACCGCGGUGCACAAGGACGUGCUGUGCGGGACGAACGUCUCCGCGGCCGGCGACGCGGACGCGCUUGUGCUGUUUGGCCGGGUGGAGGUGGUGGACGUCGCCCCGGCGGUGGGGGCGACCCCGGCGGCGAUCAAGCAGUGCGAGGUGGAGGGCGGCGUCCCUCUGAUUCAGGUCAACGUGAGUGGGACGACCUUCACCGGCGCCGACGCCGCCCUGGCGGACCGCGUCGUGCUGGAGGAGGUGCACAACCCCAACAGCACCGGCCUCACCGACGCGGCGCCUGAGGUGGGGCUGCUGCCGUGCCUGCAGCAAAUGCGUGCCGGGAUGCGGGUGGCCACGUCGCUAGCGACGAGGAAGCACUUGUACCUGCAGCUGUCCCCCUGUCCGGCCUUCCAGAUGCUGAGCCGCGCCGACUACGACGAGCAGCAGGACAGCGAGCUGCUGCAGCGGAAGUUGUACCUGUCACGCUUGCUCCGCGUUACACUUCGUGGGGUGCUCGCAGAGGACAGCCACACAAGAGGGAAAACGUCCGUCUCCUUCGUUGUGGAGGUGCACCCGACGUUGGCCCGACUGCAUCUCCGCAAACCGCCUGCUGUCGGGGAGGCGGCGGCAUCGUUGCCGUGGGCGGCGGAUGCAACGCCCCGGCGGCCGCUGCUGAUGUGUGAGGCGGAUGUGCGGCGCCACGGGGUCGAGUUUGGUGUGGAGCUCAUCGGGGACCGGUGGCACGAGCGCGUGGGGGAGCAGGAGGUGGACGCCGACGAGGAAGAGGAGGAGGGGGAGGAUGGCUAUUAUGCGGCCGACAUGCGUUUGCCGCUUCCUGCAGUUGUUUCUGAGACACUCAACGAGCCCGGCGCCGUCGUGCCGCCGCCGAGUGCGUGGCCUGCGCACGGGGUGACUGCUGCUGGUGCCCGUCGUCGGGCGCCGCACAACGUGGCCCUGAUCAACAGCUUCAGCAUCGUGGAACACCACCGCCUGGACAGUGCCCACCACCUGCUCCUGCGGCACGGCGGCCUCUACCGCUCCGACUUUGUGAGUUACCUCUCCGCCGUGAUGGCGCGGCCGGAGAGCAUGCGGUGGCACAAGUUUGUCUACCGCUACAACGACACUUUUGUGGGGGUUCGCAUCCCCGCCGACCAGCGUGGCGCGGACGACCUGUUCCCUGGCGACCAGCUAGACGGCGCGUUCAGCGACGACCGCCUCCCACCGAUUCGCUCCUUCAGCACAGUGGAGGAGAUUCUCUUCGCGGUGCCUGGCAUCGCGACCGAGUGCCGCGGCUGUCUGCUGGCGGACACAACGUACUUCAUGGCGGGGGACCUGACGGGGCUCUGGUUCUUCCCGCCCGCCACACGGCCGCCGGUGGACCACAGUGCGUUGCUGGAGCCGUUGCGCGUGCCGUUCUACGCGGCGCCGAGGGUGCCGCGGGAGUGGCGCUUCGCAGCCCUGUGCCCGACCGCGGCGUGGAGUGCGCUGCAACUCUACUGGCGACACUGGCAGCCGCCGCGUGUGCAGCGCGGGGCCGCGCCGUACCUGCAGUUCGAGUUGGUUGUGUACAAUCUGCGCGACAUUCUCGGCGGCGCGGCGCCGCUGCCGAGGCGUCCCAGCGCCAUCCUUGCCGGGGCCCCCGUCCCACUCGCGGCGCUGCUGAACGGGGGCCGGGGUGGCAGGCAGGGCGGCCUCGCGGAGAUUGUCUUUCAGGUGAACGCGACAGCUGCAGAGCGGGCGCAUGCGAUGCUGGCCGCCGAUUUCGCCCGCUACGGGCGUCGGCACCUGCACACGGUGCAUGAUUAUCUGCGCGACAGCCGCGGGAGCGGUGGGGCGCUGGCGGUGAACGCCUCUGUCUUUCUGAAGGUCUGCGUCCCCCCCACGGCGGCGGUGCCCGACACACAGUGCUCCAUCGUGAGUCUCACUCACACUCUGCUUGUCAUGGAGGAGCCACGGUUGGCGGCGUACUACGGCCAGCUGCGCCAGGGGUCGUGGGGUAGCAUCCUGCACCCGGCUGCGCUGCUGCACCACGCGGGGACCGCGCUGGUGGGGUACAUCCUGCUUCCACGCCUGCCACCGCUGCGUCGCGCACUGACGGUUGGCGGCACGCGCGACACGACACCCGCGCGGACGGGUCUGACGCUGGCGCUGUUUGUGGCUGUGGUGUUUCUCUACGGGAUGGCGACGCGGCUGUGGGCGGUGAUAUGCACGCUGCUCUGGGCGACGCUCCUCUGUCUCGUGCCGGAGGUGAUUGUGGGGGUCUACUUUCUUCUGCACCUCCUCUUUUGGGCCUUUGUGAUGUGA